AUGCGGGUCGCUAAAGACAAAAUAAGCCUGGAGGAAAUGGGCAUUACCAACAUCCGGCCCAGAAGAGCCCGUACAGGGGCGUUCAUGUUGGAGAUCCCCGGCGGGGUAGAAGGCACUGCCAAAGCAGAUGCCUUAGCGGCCAGGCUACGUCAGGAAUUAGCUGACAAGAAAGAUGUCCUCAUCUCCAGGCCCAUGAAGAUGACGGAGAUGAGGAUAAAGGAUUUAGAGGAUUCCGUCACCUUGGCCGAACUGACCACCCACGUGGCCACGGGAGGAGGGUGUAAUCCUGCUGACAUCAGGAUGGGGCAGUUAAGGAGACCGCCCAAAGGAUUGGGCACGGUCUGGGUGAGGUGCCCGCUAUAUGCGGCAAUCCGCCUCACUUUUCGUUCAGGGAACGGAAAACUACCAUCGGAUGGACGACGGUGA